AUGCCUGUGAUUCGCGAAUUCUUUUGCAAAUUAAACAAUUGCAACGUAUACGGUUUUCAAUUAUGGACAAGAAGAUUUAACACUUCUGUACUUAAUGCAACUCCAAAAAAAACCAUAGAGGAGAAACUUGGUAUACCAAGGAGACCAAAAAGACCUCCCACAUCAUUUAUGAUUUUUGCAAGUGAAAGGAGACCAGCAUUAAUUCAACAAAAUCCAGACAAAAAACCAUCUGCAUUAAUAAAAAUGAUAUCAGAAGAAUGGAAAAUUUUAGAUGAGAGUAAAAAAAAGGAAUUACAAGAAAGGUUUAAAAAAGAUUGGGUCAAAUACCUGCAAGAUUCUAAGAAUUAUGAUGAAAGCCUGAGCCCAGGAGAAAAGGAACGGAUUAAAAUUGAGAAAGAAGAGGCAAAGAUCCUGCAAGCUAAAAGAACUUUGAAAAAGAAAAGAGCAGAACUAGGCUGCCCUAAGAAACCUGGAUCUUCAUAUAUGUACUUCAUGCAAACCAAAUUAAAGGAGCGACAUGGUGAAUCAUUUGUGGAAUUCCAACAAAAAGUAAGAAAACAAUGGGAAGAUUUACCAUCAUCAGAAAAAAAGAAAUUUGAAGAAAUGUACAAGAAAGACCUGGAAGAAUAUAGAGAAAAAAUGGCUGAGUGGAAUAAACAAAUGCUGGCGAUGGGGAAUAGAGAUGUGGUGCGGAGCCUAUAA